AUGCCGGCCCUUAGGCCGCUUGCGAAUUUGCGAGUGUCUCUUGCAAACACUGCACCCCAAUACCGACGCUUCAGUGCAACUCCUACCCGAUGCUUGAGUGCCGUCUUCGCAGAGACAGAAAACCCCGAGCUGAACAAAAUCCUUAUCGAUGUUCAGGAGAAGAUCAUUCUUCCAGCAUACCUGCCCGAGACACAGAAGAAGAUUGUCUACAACACUAGCAAGGGCGACUACAUGCGACGCAACCCCAUCGUUAUCGAGCUUGAUGGCCUUGAGCAUACAUUUUCGCCAAUCGAUAUAAAGAAAGACAUCCCAAAUUCAAAGACGGCACUCACAGAGGCGACCAAGCUGAUGAAGACCAAGGAGGAAUGGGACAACAUCGGUACAUUCCUUGCUGGCUACCAGAAGGCUGGGAUUAAGCUAGAUCAGGAGCACUACAUGUCCUUGAUUCGAAGGGCAUGCGCCGCCCAGCAGGAAUACUCCAUUAUUGAGUGCGCCAAGCAGGCUGACAAGACUGGCCUUACUCUACACCGCGAUUCCUCAAUUGCCCUCUUGUUGUCAUCCAUCAACCAAAAGAUCUACAACUCAGCGCGAGAAGAUGGAGAUACGUUGCAGGCUUUUAAAUGGAACCGUCUGAUCUGGGAUAUUAUACAACGGCCAGAGCACGUACAGAACCGUAACUCAGACAGUAAGCUAGCUUACGGAAGCCCUGUUACCCGAGGACUUCUUCUCUUCACUCAAGCACAUACAAUCCAAGCGCAACAGACAGCCGGAGAGUCUGUCGAGAAAUUGACUCAAGAAUUGCGGGAUAACGUAGAGUUCAUCGCCGGCCUGUGGAAAGUCCAGACGACGGGUCAUGAACUGCUUCGCUCGUGGCAUCUCAACAAGUUAAACGUGCGCAGUGACCGAGGGACUGCCGCGAGAAAGGACCCCCUCAGCCCCUACUACUACAUCAGGGUACUUGCUCAGAACAUCAGAGCGAUGGAACUUGCACAGGAAAUUAUUGGUGACGAUGCAAAGAACCUGAUGCCUUACCAUGACAUGCUAGAGAAGCAUGCGGGAGACUUCAUCGAGGCAGGCUCUAAAAACAGGAAAGGCUUUGGUCUCGAAUAUGAAAGUAUUACAGGUCGAAAGCCUGAAUGGGAGAAACAUUUGACUAUGGAUUAA